AUGUGGCCCGUGGAUAUGGGCCCCAUUAUCUUCUCGAGGAUGAAGCCGCCACGGAAGGCGGCGGGCUCGAGGGCCUCCAUGGCCUUGAUGGCCUUUUCUAGGGCCUCUUGGGUUCUUUGUUUGGGGGGAAGAGUUGAGAGUUGGCCUAUCUGCAUUGAUUUGAGAGAACAUCCCAAAGUCUCUUUGAGUAGGGAAACCGGCAAAGUUCUCACCGCUAGCGGCCUCGAUAUAGCUCCCGACACGGGUGAUUCCGACCACCUCAAUCAACGAAACCUCCACCGCGUGCAACAUCACCGUGAGCCCCCGCGGGUCGGCGUACCGCAGGAGGUCCGCCGCCGUGUGCCGCCGCCCUUCGCCGUCGAAUAUGGUCCCGCCUACCUUCGUCCCGACGAUGUGGUCGUACGUAAAGCCGUUGUAUGGUCUGACGCCGGCCUCCAGCAGUCCGCCCCUCACCGCCGACUGCCAUUGCCGCAUCGGCGGCUUGAACGCCACAACACGCUCCACCCAUCGGUACGACUCAUUCACGAGCCAGCUGUCCCACCCAACCGCGCGCACGUACUUUGCGGCCGGCCGCGUGUAGAAACCUGCGUUGAGACAGCUGGCGCCGCCGAGGACCCGAGCACGCGCGUUUAUGACGCCGUCCUCGGAGAUGAAGCGUUGGGAGGGGGACGAGGGGGAGAGGUCAGAGAGGGCCUGACCGAAGGCCGAGAGGGGGAGCCGCCACGCUCUAGGAGGAGGACGGUGGUGUUGUGGUGGGAGAGGGUGGCGGCGAGGGGGCACCCGGCCGUGCCGCCUCCUACCACGAUGUAG